AUGGGAGAUCGCGGAGGAAGCCGCAGCCGCGACCGUGACACCAAACGCAAGGACAGUCGAAGUCGUUCACGCAAGAAGGAUAGCCGAAGCCGGAGCCGGAGCAAAAGCGCAGAGGCGAGGCCCAAGCGACCAGAUGAUUAUGGCGUGGACACCAUGAAAAUCACUGAUGAUGACGCGGCUUUCAUUUUGGGCAAAGGUGGCAAAACCAAGGAGAAGAUUGCGAGAGUUUCCAACGCAGAAAUAGAGCUCUUCGAGCGAGACUUGGUCUUGGAGAUCCGUGGGUCCAAGAAGGAGCGUCGUCGAGCAAAGAAAUAUGCCGAAGGUGUCAUGGCACAGCGGACGGGGCCGGUCACAGUGAACGAGGACUACGACGACGGAGAUCUGACAAUGCUGCGUGUUCCACAAGAGGCCGUGGGCUUCGUCACUGGACGAGCAGGCAAUUUCCUACGCACCAUCGAGGAGGAGUGGGGAACAUUGAUGUUUUUCGUCGAAGUGGAAAGUUCACGCUCCCGGAGCAAGGAGUACGAAAAACUCGCCAUUUUCGGAAACGUGAAAGCACGUCGCGGGGCCGAGCUGAAGGUUCUCAGCGCAGUGGAGACAAAGGUCCCCGGCUACUUUGACAAAAUACGCGAUGACGUGGUGCCUCGAGAUCGAGGUGCUGACCACGGAGACGGUUCUUGGGGCACGGACACGAUGACUUUUCAGGAUGACGAGCUGUCGUAUGCUUUGGGGAAGCAGGGCGGCACCCGGAAGAAGAUCGAGAGAUCCUCCGGCGCCAUUGUGCAGUAUGUGGGGCAGAAUGCGCUAUUCUCCGGCUGCAAAGCAGAGCGCAAGCGGGCCAAGGAGUACAUGAAGUGGCUCUUUGACCAGCUGGAAGGUCCAGUCUAUGUCCACGGGUGGGAAGACCGCGACGACAUCACCGUUGUGGACGUGCCACAGGAUUGCAUCGGAUACGUCACGGGCAACCGACGAGCUGCCUUGGGCGGCAUCGAAGAGGAGUGGGGCACGUUGAUGUUCUUCAUGAACAAGGAUGGCGGUAGCACCAAAGGUCGAGGCCGCGGCGGCUCAGAGCAGCUGGCGAUCUUCGGCAGCGAGCGCUCGCGGCGUGGUGCUGAGCUCAAGGUGAUGAGUGCUGUGGAGACUAAAGCUCCUGGAACUUUCACUCGCGGCAUCCGCGAAAAGUUCAGUGACGAGAAGGGCUUCUCCACAGACCGCAUGAUCUUCAGGGACGAUGAGUUGAGCUAUGCUCUAGGAAAGGAAGGCUCCACCAGGAAGAAGUUGGCUCUAGCAGCCAAU